AUUUGUGUUUUAUUUGUAAUAAGCAAAGUUAAAUCGAAUAUACUUCAAUGCUACAUAUGUGAUGACUGUGAUGAAGAGGAAGAACAAACCACAUAUUGCAACGACUUCGACGAUGAGAUUGAAAGUCCAGCAACAGUACAACCUACUACUUCGUAUGCAACGACAUCAACAACAAAAACAAAUAAACUUACAGAAACAACACUUUCUUACAGUACAACUUCAACAUUAAACACAACUGCUAUCAAUCCUGCAACAAAUACGAACUCCACUGAAAUACACACGAGUACCACAAACUCAAUUCCAAUAACCGAUUUGACACAAACGACUAAAAGCUUCAUCAGCACUAUAGUAACAGUUGAUCCAAUAACAAUAACAACUAUCAGAGAAAAUAUAUCUAAGGUUGAUUCAACAUCAGAAUCUACCACUGAGCAAAAUAUACCUACAGGUUCACAAACAUCUGUAACAUAUACAGCCUCAGAUGCAACAACGGUGUCAGAUGAUUCAACGACAUCAGAAACUUCAAUAUCAAUCACUGAAUCAAUCACGUCUUCAGACUCAAACACUUCUAUAGAUUCAAACACAUCUACAGUCACAGAUUCGACAGUGACCAUCUCAACAACGGUGUUAGAUGAUUCAACGACAUCAGAAAUUUCAAUAUCGACCACCGAAGCAAUCACGUCUACAGAUUCAAACACAUCUACAAUCACAGAUUCGACAGUGACCAUCUCAACAAUGGUGUUAGAUGAUUCAACGACAUCAGAAAUUCCAAUAUCGACCACUGAAUCAAUCACAUCUACAGAUUCAAACACAUCUACAGUCACAGAUUCGACAGUGACCAUUUCAACAACGGUGUUAAAUGAUUCAACGACAUCAGAAAUUCCAAUAUCGCCCACUGAAUCAAUCACAUCUACAGAUUCAAACACACCUACA